CCCAUGUGCGCAUGCUCAGUCUCAGGAGGGACCUCAGCGGCGCACCGUUAUUCGGGCCGAGCUGUCAUCCGCGGUCCAUCCCCUCCAGCCGAUAACCGCGCUCUAAUCGACUGGAUCCCAGCGAUAUUCAGAGCGGGCUCACCCCACAUAACGCUUCCUCUGUUUUUGUGCGGAGAAGCGGUCUUCAUCGAAGGAGUUUCCCCCCUUUUCCUCCGCAGUUACCAGAAGGCGCAAAGAUGAAGUUGGAAAAAUGCUGGACGUGGCGCCUGCUGCUGCUUCUGUCCGCCCUGGCUGUGGCAGCUGUGGCGGCCCACGAGGAGCAGUCGGACGCUGACGUUUCGGAUGUUGUCAUUGACGACGAUGAUGAUGGCGAUAUGGGUUUAGAUGAGGAGGAGUUAAAAGUCCUGAUGGCAGAGGAUGAGAAAGAGCAGGUUAAGGAGACGCACAGCAAGGGCACAGCCAGUGAGAAGGAAACUGAUGCCAAUGUCUCCUUCCAGGUAACAUAUAAGACUCCUGUUCCCACUGGAGAUGUGUACUUUGCAGAAACAUUUGAUGAUGGAUCACUGGACAGAUGGCAGCUGUCAAAAACGGUAAAGGAGGACGCAGAUGGGGACAUUGCCAAAUAUGACGGGAAGUGGGCUGUGGAGCAGCUGAAGGAGAACAAGGUUCCAGGAGACCAGGGCCUGGUGCUCAAAUCCCGGGCCAAACACCACGCCAUCUCUGCAAUGCUGGACAAACCCUUUGUUUUCAAGGAUGAGCCUCUGGUCAUUCAGUAUGAGGUGAAUUUCCAGGAUGGCAUCGACUGUGGUGGCGCGUACAUCAAACUGCUUUCAGACACUGGCGGCCUCAGCCUGGAGCAGUUCCAUGACCGUACACCCUACACCAUCAUGUUUGGACCGGACAAAUGUGGCGAGGACUACAAGCUGCACUUCAUCUUCCGCCACAAGAAUCCCCUGAACGAAGACGUGGAGGAGAAGCACGCAAAGAUCAAGUAAUUCUACACCGACAAGAAGACUCACCUCUACACACUGGUCUUAAACCCGGACAACAGCUACGAGAUGUUCAUCGACCAGUCGAGCGUGAGCCGCGGCAGCCUGUUGGAGGACGUGGUGCCUCCGGUCAACCCGCCCAAAGAAAUAGAUGACCCAAAAGACUCCAAGCCAGACGACUGGGACGAGAGAGCCAAGAUUCCUGAUCCCGAGGCUGUGAAGCCUGAUGACUGGGAUGAGGAUGCGCCUGCAAAGAUCGAGGACCCUGACGCGGUGAAGCCGGAGGGCUGGUUGGAUGACGAGCCCGAGUUUGUCCCAGACCCUAAUGCAGAGAAACCAGAAGACUGGGACGAGGAGAUGGAUGGAGAAUGGGAGGCCCCGCAGAUCCCUAACCCAGCCUGUGAGACGGCGCCUGGCUGUGGGGAGUGGAAGCGGCCCACGAUCAACAACCCUCAGUACAAGGGCAAGUGGAAAGCCCCUCUGGUGGACAAUCCUAACUAUCAGGGAGUGUGGAAGCCUCGUAAGAUCCUCAACCCGGACUAUUUUGAGGACCUGCAGCCGUUCAGGAUGUCACCAUUCAGGGCUCUGGGACUGGAGCUGUGGUCCAUGACCUCAGAUAUCUACUUUGACAACUUCAUUAUCACCUCUCACAAGGAGGUGGCUGACCGCUGGGCGUCUGACAGCUGGGGGCUGAAGAAACUGGUGGCCAGCGCUAACGAGCCGGGGAUUUUUGCUCAGCUGAUGAUGGCAGCAGAGGAGCGGCCGUGGCUUUGGGUGGUCUACAUACUGACAGUAGGCCUGCCUGUAGGACUGCUCGUGCUCUUCUGCUGGCCAAAGAAAUCAGAUGAUGACUAUGUGUACAAAAAGGUGGAUCUGCCCCAGGCUGAUGUGGAAGAGGAAGAAGAGGAGGAGGAGGAAGAAGAAGAGGAGGUGGCAGUAGACGAGGAAGACAAAGCAGCUGAGGCUACAGAAGCAGCACCAGCUGCAGAAGAAGCUGAGGAGGAGGAUGCAGAAGCAGGAAGAGACAAUGUAGAGGGGGAUGAUGAUGAAGAAGAGGAAGCAGAGGAGGAGGAAGGAGAGGAGGAAAGCAAAGCUCCGGGGAGAACAUUAGAAGAUGAGAUGAAGGACGAAGGAGAUGUCGCCGAAGAGAGCCACAAACAGGCUGUGAGGAAGAGGAGGGUACGGAAAGACUGAGGAGGCCAAACGCCACGCUGCCUGUCUCCUUUCUGCCCUGAUGGGGAAGAGGUGGAAGGGCCAUCUCUGCCACCGCCGCUGCUCCCUCCUCCGUGAGCGGAGCAGCAUGCAUUUCCUUCAAAGUGGUAGCCUGCUCUCACCCCACCCGGCUGCCCCAUCCCCGCCUCCUCCUCCCCCUCCACCCAUCCGCCACACUGCAUCCUGUACCAUCCCCUCGUCGUGUGUUUCUCCCUCUUCCCGUCUACUCAGAUGAGCUCCCAGAGAGUCUGUGCAUUUAGCUGUUACCCUCUUCCUUCCUCUCCUCCAUCCAUUUUCUUCAUCCUUCUCUCCCUCUUUAAGCCAUUGCUGUCGAAACGCUGUCAGCCCGUAAAAAGCCACGCCCCUCUCCCACCACAGUUCCUGCUCGCACGUGUCUCUGCUGCCUCUGAUUAUACGCCAUCACACCUCUCUUCUCAGAGCAGCAGAGAGCGUCUGUGCGUUGUUCGUUCCAUUUUAACAGCAUAUCGUAGGGGCACAUCUCUCGAGUUAGACUCCAUUCUCUGUGUCCUUUUCUUUUUCUGAGAACGUGUUCGAGGACACGAUUUGGCAAUUUCCAAAAUGUUCGGGUUUCAAGAGCAGGAUAGGACGCGGGGCUGUGAGGAAGGCUGUGUGAGAUGUUUACUACAAGCUUCAGGACAGACAAAUUCGCCCUCAGCUUAAGUUAAAGAUUACCUCUUUAAAUAAAAAAAAAAUGGAUGUUCUGUUUAGAUUUUAGCUAGUUUGUAAUGAGCAGUACUUACUUUCAUGCGUGUUUUAUACUAAGUUAUAGCAUUUAAGAACUGAGGAUUAGCACUGAUUACCAUAUUUAUGGUUUUUGGUUGUAAUUAGUUUUGGCAGUAUGGGUAAAGAUAAAUAUUGCAGAGUUUUGAAUGACUCAGGGCGGUUUUCCUAAAUGCCUCUGAUGUGCUUACUUUGAGCCGAGGUCCGUCACAAAUCAAACCGAAACCGUCAGCGCUUGGAGCAAAAAUAAGCGAGUGUUAAAGCCGUGGCCGUCAGCUGCGAGACAGAAUGAAAACCUGCAAAGACGCGUCUCAUUCAGCAGUGCUUGAUCCGGGCUGGCCGGAGGUCAGAUCCUAGUUUGCUGCCUGGGGAAGACGUUGAUGCUAAUUUGGUUUCUAUUAUUGUCUCAAGCUUUUGUAGUUCACCUUCUUGCCACACGCUGGCAGAUGUCCCUGUUUACAUUUGUUUGCAAAUUGUACAUUGCUCUUGAAAAUAAACUU